AUGCCGCAUCAUCACCCAAGCAGUGACACCCGCAGCAGCGGCAGCAGUAGCGGCAAGGGCCGUUCACUAGAGGAGGAGGCGCUGCAGCAAAAAGAAAGGAGCAACAACAGCAAACACCCCAAGGGGAGAAGUAAACACAGCAACUGCAGCAGCAACAACAACGACAGCAGCAGCAACAGUGGCAGCUGCAGCAACAGCAACGUCAGCAACGACGGGGCUGGGUCCCGCAGGUCCGCAGAUGCGUCACACAGCAGCCACCACUAUCACCAUCAUCAGCACCAUCACAGUAGCAGCAAACAAGCCAGCAGCAGCAGAGAAGGUAAAAGUAGCAGCAGCAACAACAACAGCAACAGCAACAUCCGCGAGAGCAGCGGCAGCGCGGAAGAGGUCAGCAACAAACACAGCAGCAGCAGCAAGAGCAGCAGCAAGAGCAAUAGCAGCAGCAGCAGCAGCGUAACUACGGAAGGAGCUUCUUCGAAAACGCCUCGGGUGGACACGGACAGCAGCCGCGACAGCAGCAACGACGACGAUACAACCAACGGCCAGAGCAGCAGCAGCAACAUUCGUGCCAGCAGCGGUGGCCAGCCAGUUGCAGCAGAAUCUGCUGAGGUCGAUGGUGAUAGCAGCAGCAGCGACGAUGAUUUUGGCCCGAAGCCCAUUGAGGCCACAGCCGCCCCUCAGCGGAAGCGGCGCCGCCUGCGGUGCGAAGAUUUGCUGCUGCAGCAGCUUCCAAGUGCCACUAGGUACAGCAAGAGCUUCAUGCACAGGGAGCAAAUUACCUUCGUGGUGGCGAGCGCUGCACACCGCUUUAUUUUGAGCGGCUCUGUUGAUGGGCAUGUUAAGUUUUGGAUUCAAAAGGAAGGAGGAAUUGAAUUCGUGAAGCACUUCAGGGCUCACAUCGGCGAGCUGUAUUCCCUCUGCAUAUCACGGGAAGAUGGAGGCGCAUAUGCAGCUUGUGUUGGAGCUGACAAAACCCUUAGGAUAUUCGACGUCCCCAACUUCGACAUGGCCUGUCUUGUCUCUCUCGAGUUUGUCCCCUGGGCCUGCGAGUUUGUCUCCAAAAAGGGGGAUGCAACGCCACUAGUUGCGGU